AUGACGACAAGCCAGCGCAUGCGGCUGCGUGCGCUAGGGCUGCAGGACGACCCGCUAUACUGGACGAGACCCGUGCCGAUCAGCGAGCUGACCGCGCCCAGAAGCUUGCGAUGGCAGCACGCCAGCACAGGUUCGAACGGCCUCAGAGCAGCGGCCGAAGUGGUGGAGCAAGAUUCAGCCAGGGCUGACGUCAGCCACCUGCCCCGUCUGCAAACACCUGUCAGCACAGCAUUAGAGCUGCUCAUAAACAGCCUUUGCGUGGAGGAAGGCUGGGAGACGAGCUCGCCUGAGACAUCCCCCACCUGGCAAAACGGUGGCACCAGCGGACGAAGCUCACCGUAUCAAGUUGCAGAAAAUGCUGGAUCACAGGGGGCAAUCCGGAAUCGCACUGGGAGAACACCAUCGGAUCGGAGGUCAAAACCUGCUAGGGUGCGCUUCCAAGAAGACGGAGAGGAAAGGGAAGAUGUUCCACCAGAGGGAAGCGGGGGGAAGCUGGAGAAUGGACAGACAGAGCAAGCGCAUGCAACGGGAGAAGACGGAAGCGAGGUUGGAAGAGCUACGGAAUCCAGUGACGAGUUUGAGAACUUGGCCCUUCGGUUUCACAAGCAGCCGGUGAAGGUCACGGGCAAAGAAAGUGGGCUUGACCCUACCCAGAAGGGCACUCCCCACCCUUCCCAAAAGCAGGGCUACCAGUACACCCCGCACCCUGUAAAAGGCAUCCGGAAGUCGGUGCAGCCGGGUACACCGUUCCCCUUAGGCAACGGUCUCCCCAGUCGCAGCCCCUUUGAAAGAAAGCAAAACCUCCAGCCAAUUACCGAGGUCGACUACGGAUCCAGCUCAUCUCCGGCCACCCUAAGACCCGCCCGCGAUGGUUCUCUCGGCGCCUCGAGCUCGGGGGGAUCCCUCGGGGCAACUGCUCGGAAACGCUCGGGCCUGAGUUCAACGGGAGGGACUUCGGAGCUCCUGAUAAUGGAAGGAAAUGAGCAGAAUGAUCAGACCUCUCCGCUCGGACCGGGUAGCUCUCAAGAGCCGACGACGCAAAUGGGGAGGAGCCGAGAAACCGGCAAUACGGGCAAGCUGGACACGCUGAGAACGACCCAAAGUUUGGACGGGCAGAAAAUGUUGCCUCGGGGAUUGUCUCCCGAGCGGUCUGCAGAGAGCGUUCUGGUGAAACGGAGUCCGUACCUGGCGCCAGUGCGGAACGUGCGGACUGCGGGGGGAGACUCGGGGCUCGGGACGCAACGACGGGACCGGUUGGCGCAGUUUGCGGAGUAUCUGGCGAGCCAGAAAGGGUCGGCUGAGGAGAUGCGAGCGUCAGGAGAAGGGGACUCGAACGGGGCCAACUCUCCGGUUAAAAGGGCGGCUCCUCCUGAGAUUCCCACCGAAUGUGACAGCCCUUCUGGAAGGCAAGAGCAGUUGAGUACAGGGGAAGGCAGUCAACGUCGGUAUGAACGGAGCUGGAUUCAAACAGCCAGCCCUGGAAGGUCGCCUACAAAGCGUCUAGUGGAAAAUGGUUGCGCAACUACCAGACCGCAACGAUGGGUCAUCGGGGAGUCAAGAACGAACAGGCAGCGCGGGUCAGCCCUUCCGGAGUUGAAAAGGCAGCGGAGCAACGGAACAAGGGCUUCCGAAGGACCGGAAUCGCCGACGCAGGCGGUGCCAACUGAAGAGACGAGCUGGAGCAAGGCGGAGAAGCAACGGAGGAGGCGACGAUUGUCGAAAGAGCAGGCGUGGCUGAACAAGAGCCACCAGCGCAUGGCCCUCUGGAUGCAGGACCACUUCGCGGCGCUGGAGCGCAUCGCGCACCUGACGCCGAGCGAGCGCGCGGACGCGGAGCGCAUGUGGAGCGCCGCGCAGGCGGCCGCGAGGGACCGCAAACUCAACCUGAUCAGGCUGCACUCGACAAUCAUGACGGGACUCGAAAAGGACGAGAAGGGGGCCGAAACUGGGGGGGGCCGAAGCGAGGCGACCGAGGAGCGACCAUUGUGUUCGCCGAAACAGACAACCGGUCUUGAGUUUGCGGCGUCAGAUAGUGGAGGAACUAAAAUUGGGGUCGAAUGA